CACCCAAUUAUGAUAAAAAUCGCCGACGCGUAUUCUUCUUCCUCAUCCGACUUUCUCUCCUAAUUCCAUCAAUAAAUAUCACCCUCCAAACCAAUUCAAUUCACUUCAUUUCCUUCCUUUUCACUGUAAAAUUCAUAAAUUUUAUGUCUCACAGACCCGUGAUUCCUCAUUCUUCCUCCAUAGCCUUUGGGCUCCAUUCCCAUCUCCUUGUUUCCAGUGAUUUGAAUCCUAACUGGUCCUUUUGAUUCUUCCAUUCUUUUUUCCCAAGUUUGAUUUCUAUUCAAAUGGGUGUCAAAGGAUUCGUUGAAGGUGGUAUCGCCUCUAUCAUCGCAGGUUGUUCUACUCAUCCUCUUGAUCUAAUCAAAGUCCGUAUGCAGUUACAGGGCGAAUCCGCCCCUGUUUUCGCUCUCAAUGGCUCUAGUGGUGCAACAAUCACCAUGCCAAGGCCGCCGCCGCCGGCCGGACCCAUAUCGGUGGGUGUGAAGAUAUUCCGGACUGAAGGCGUUGCUGCUUUGUUCUCCGGCGUCUCUGCCACAGUUCUCCGUCAGACGCUCUACUCCACCACCAGAAUGGGUCUGUACGAGAUCUUCAAAGAAAAGUGGUCCGACCCAAACACCGGUAACCUCACGCUAACCAGGAAGAUCGGAUCCGGGUUGUUAGCAGGUGGGAUCGGCGCUGCCGUCGGGAACCCAGCUGAUGUCGCUAUGGUGAGGAUGCAAGCCGACGGGAGGCUCCCGGCUGCUCAACGGAGGAACUACAAAGGUGUUGCAGAUGCGAUCUCGAGGAUGGUGAAGCAGGAGGGUGUAACCAGUCUCUGGAGAGGAUCGUCGCUGACGGUGAACAGAGCGAUGAUCGUGACGGCGUCGCAGCUGGCGUCGUACGAUCAGAUCAAGGAGACCAUAUUAUCAAAGGGGGUGAUGGGAGAUGGGUUGGGGACACAUGUAACGGCGAGCUUUGCAGCAGGGUUUGUGGCGGCUGUGGCAUCGAAUCCGGUGGACGUAAUAAAGACUAGGGUAAUGAACAUGAAGGUGGAGGAAGGGGUUGAGCCACCAUAUAAGGGGGCGGUGGAUUGUGCAGUGAAGACGGUGAGGGCGGAGGGGCCGAUGGCAUUAUACAAAGGAUUCAUACCGACGAUUUCAAGACAGGGUCCGUUUACUGUGGUGCUCUUUGUGACACUAGAGCAAGUGCGUAAAAUUCUCAAGGAUUAUUAAAUGCCGUAGACAAAGAUAUUAAAUUAAAUUAAAUGAUAGAUAGUGAUGAUGAAGGAAAAAAAUACUAGUAAUUUAUGUAUGGAUGAUAAAAUAUUAUUAUAUUUUUCAGUUAUGUUAUUUAUAUUAGUAAAAUAUGGCCGCUGUUAGCAACCAA